ACGGCGCGGCCGAGGCGCCGGGGCGAGCGCCAAGCAACCCCCGCACGGCCGCGCGCGCGCGCCGCGCCAACCUACCAGCGCGCACGCCGCCACCGGGGCCCGGGCCCCGCCGCCCAGCCGCCGCCGCCGCCCCAGCCGCCCACGGCCCAGCAGCAACAGCAGCAGGCGCAGGCCAACGCCGCCGCCGACGCCGCGCAGCUGGCCGGCGGUCUGGUGGGCGCGCUUAAGAAGAUGGCGUCGGUGGACAAGGAGCUGUCAGCUGCGUCCAACGACCGGCGCGGUCACAAACGGAAGCUGACGGCCGUCCACGACGACGACAGCAGCUGCUGCUCGUCGGACGACGAGGACGACGACGAGGAGGAGCGGGGGGCGGGGGCGCAGGGCGGGGCGCGCGCGCGGGCCCCGGGCACGGGCCUGCGCCCUGCCCUCGCUAAGCCCGCCGCCGCGCCGCCGCCGCUGCCAUCUCCGCCUCCGCGCGCCCGCCGGGCCGGCGGGCAUCCGCCGGGCCGCCGCGCCGGCCGCCGCCGCCGCGGCCAGCCGCCGCCGCAGCGGCGCGCCCCGCGGCGGAGCCCAGCCCCAAGGGGACGACGGACGCGGCGUCCGGUGCCGGGGGCGGGCGCGGGAGCCGGCGCACGUCGUCAAAGGACCUGGAGCCCAGCCAUGUCCAAGCAACCUGCCCGCGCGGGCGCUCAGCGGCAAGGGCUCGGCCGCACCAAAGCACGCAGCGCCACGGACUUCAGCGGCCGCCGCGCUGCUCAUAGCAGCAGCAGCAGCGGCAGCACCAAUCCAGUGGAUCGGCGCGCAACCCCCACCAACGCUCAACUCGCCUCAACACGCGCAGCAGCUGCGGCGGCGCAGGCGGCGCAGGCGGCGGCGGCGGCGGGGCAAGGGCGCGGCCGGGGCGCGGGGCGGCGCUGCGGCGCUGCCUGGUCCGCGCUGGCUGGGGCGUGCCAGCUCUACGCCAACGCGAGAGCGUCAUCGCGCCAACGUGCACGCGGGGCGCGGCGGCGGGCGCGGGCGGCGGCGGCGCGCGCGGCGGCGUGGGCCCGCCCGGGAGGCGCGCGGCCGGCGGCGGGCCGGCGCGCCGGGCCGCUUCUACGCGGCGACGUGGGGCAGGUGGGCCCGCUGCCCACGCCGCCCGGCAGCGGACGCCUCCUCGGCGUAACGGCGACCACCAGUUCGGUGCUGGCGCACAAGAGCGGCGCCGUCAACGGGCGGCGCCGACGCCUUUCAACAGCCUCGUCUCCUCGUACUCGUCGACGGGCGGCUACGCCGUGA